UGACCUUCCAAUCAUUGAUCAUCAUGCACUAUUUCAGCUUUCCUCCAUUGUGAAAAGCAUCAAAGAAAGCUAUGACAAUUAUCAGUUUUAUAAGAUUUAUCAGAUUGUUCAACGCUUUGCCAUUGUUGAUCUCUCCAACUUUUACUUUGAUGUAGCAAAAGAUCGACUUUAUGUUGGUGGGAGUAGUAGUUUUGCAAGAAGAAGUUGUCAAACUGUUCUUGCUACUCAUUUACUUUCAAUUACACGGAUAAUUGCUCCAAUUUUACCCCAUCUGGCUGAGGAUGUCUGGCAGCAUCUUCCUUUCCCGUAUAAUACUGAAGAUGAAAAUGUUGCCAAGUUUGUCUUCGAGUCAGGUUGGCCAGUAACAAAUGAGAAACAUCUUUCCUUCCCAGUGGAAGACAUCGAUUUCUGGGGCAAAGUUCUUGAGCUGAGAACUGAAGUGAACAAAGCACUCGAAGUUGCACGUGCUGGGAAGUUGAUCGGUGCCAGUUUAGAGGCAAUGGUCUAUCUGCACACUUCGGAUACCACACUUGU